AUGUCGAGUUUGUGCCACAAUACUUACCUUUUAAACAAGGACAUCAGCUCCACGCCAGGAGCGCCUUCGCCCCGUGCGGCCCACUGCUGCGAUGUGGUGGGUCAGGUGAUGGUGGUCUUCGGCGGUUGGGUUGGAAAGGAACCACUUGCUGAUGCGUACGCUUUCCACACAGUGAAGCGCCGUUGGCUGCGCUUGAACCUGUGCGUGGAGGAAACGUACGUUUUGUUGCCUGGGUCGAAGAAGAAGAGAAAGUUUACGGCGGCAAGUCUGCCCCGCAACAACCACGCAUGCGCUGUGUUUGGCGGAGAAAUGUUCGUGCACGGCGGUCACGACGGCAGUGAGUGGUUGAUGGACAUGUUCGCCUUUGACGUGUCGACGCUCAACGACGCGUUCGACACGACGGACCCUGAUGCAACCGUGGAUGUGCAGGUCCGCUACGUCAAUUGCUCGGGCAAGGUGCUGGGCAAGCGUACGUGCCAUAGUAUUACCCGCGUGGACGACCGUUUCUACUGCUUCGGUGGAUACGACGGCUCUCAGUGCUUCAACGACAUGGACUGCUUCGACCCGGUGACCGCGACGUGGACCCACCUGAGCAGGCCCUACGGCAAGAAGCCCCAGCCUCGCAGCGCUCACGUGAUGGUCACUGACGGUAGGAUGCUGUACAUGAAUGGCGGUCACAGCGGUCGCACCCACUUCGACGACACCUACACGUACAACGUUACGACCCACACGUGGACCCGCGUGGACUGCUCCGGCGACGUGCACCCGCCCGCGAUCCGCGGCCACGCCGCCUGCUUCAUGAACAACGAGAUGUACGUCUUCGGCGGUGACAACGGCGACACGGUGUACAGCACGUUGUUCGUGUUCAACCCGCGCUCGUGCGCCUGGCGCCGUCAGACCAUCACGUCUGACAACGAGCCCGUGUGCCGCCGCCAGCGCCACAGCAUGAUGCAUAUGAAUGGUGUGAUGUACGUCUUCGGAGGCUACAAUGGUCGCGAGUGGAUCAGCGACCUGCACACGAUGGAGUACUUCUCGGAGUGCACUCGGUCGUUCGACCCCAUUCUGUCGUCGUUGGCGGACAACAUCGGCCAGUUUUUAGGUAACCCCAAGUACUCGGACGUUACCGUAUCGGUUGCCGGCAAGAAGAUCGCGUCUCACAAGGUGAUUCUGUGCGCCAACUCGAAGUACUUCGACGACAUUUUGAGCCAGGAGGACCCUCCGGAGGUGAUCGAGUUGAGCGGCUGGUCCCUCGACGCAGUGAUGAAGAUGCUUGAGUUCAUAUACUCGUCCCGCAUCCGUGACUUCAACAGUCACACCCACUUUAAGCUGUGCGAGAUCAUGGGUCUGGCGGACUCGUGUGCCCUGGAUUUGUUGAAGGGCAUGUGCCAGGAGGUGCUGGUGCGCAAGAUUGACAUCGACAACGUGUGCUACAUGCUGAAGUACUCCAAGCUGUACAACGCCGAUUUGCUGCGCCAGCACUGCUUCAACUUUAUUGGCGAGCACGCCGCGGAUGUGAUGCGCACCCCUGCCUUCGAGGAGCUCUCCUCUGUGCCAUCGCUGGUAAUGGAGCUGGCUAAGCUCUCUGUGAAGACUUAG